AUGCCGCAAUUAAGAGGCCUUUACCUCAGUGGUGCAGGGACAAAUACAAAGAUCCUUCAGUUCCAACUUCGAUCUUUGAUUCGUGAUCUGGAAUCAGAUCAUACUGCGACUUUCCAUUUUACCGAAAGGGUUGUUGACUCUGGCCCUGGGCCUAAAGUUGAGGAUUUUUUCAAAGGCCCAUACUACUCCUACUAUAACUGGCCGCGGCCAUCAGAAGACGAUGGCAUUACUGUAGAAGAAGCAUACGAUCAACAUUUGGAUUUGAUUGAGACAGAAGGGCCUUUCGAUGCAGUGAUCGGUUUUUCGCAUGGCGGCACCCUCGCAUGUGGGUUGCUCGCUCAGUGGUCAACGCGCCACCCAUACGAGGCUCCACCAUUCAAAUGCGCAAUAAUCUUGAACCGCUUUUCUACGUUCGUGAUCAGUAGGAAUGGAGACUUCAUUUCUGAGAAAAAUCUUAAGGGCAGGAUAACCGUUCCCACGCUCCAUGUAGUCGGGAGGAAAGACUUUAUUUACGAGCAUUCUCUCAAGCUGCAUCAGAUCUGCGAGGAUAAGAAUGCGACCUUGAUACAGAAUGACAGGGGGCAUGAGAUACCCAAGGAGCCAAAAUUCGUAGCAAAAAUUGCGGCUGCGAUUAGGAGAUUGAGCCGCGAAAUCAUGUUCCAAUAG